AUGAAUGAUGAAGCUGUUUAAUUGUUAAAUUGUGAAAACAAUAAAUAAGCUUUAAUUAUGUUUAAAUAAGUUGAAAAAAUGCUUGAAUUUGCAGCAAGUUGUGGAAAAGAAAUUGAUAGAAAUUUAAUAAUAGUUGCAUUAUAUAAUAGAGCUUGUACAUAUUAAAGCCUUUGGAUUUUAGAUAAAUGUUCUUAAUAUUUAGAUGGAGUAAUUUACAACUUAAAAGUAAGUUUAGAAGAAGAUUCCUUAAGUUUAAAUAAUAUUUUUUAGAAUUAAAAAGAAAUUCUCGCUUAUAAAAUAAAAAAAUAAACUUUUUUAGUAAAAUCCUACUUAUAAUAUUGUGCGAUAUUAUCUUAAUAAGAAUAGUAUUAAAUAAAAUAUAUUUAUAAUUUAAAAAUAAAUAAAAAAAGGCAUGAAAAAGCAUUAGAAACAGGAUACCAAUGUUUAGAUCUUUUAAAAAAAAUAUUUAAUUAAUCUUUUUAGUUUUGCGAAAAGAAUAUGUAGAAUGAAAAUACAAGGAAAAAAAGUUAAAAUUAAAGCUAUUUUUAAGAAAAAAACUUAAAAAUAACUGAAAUAAUUUGUUUUUAAAAGUUAGUAAUUUAAAAUGCUUACAAAAUAAUAUCUUCAGUAUAAAAUCUUUUAAAUAUAAAUGAUGAUAAUAAAUCCCAAAAUGAACAUUUCAAAGAUACAAAGAAAACUCUUUAUUUUUGGAAAAAUAAUCCUGAAAAUAACGAGAAACAUAUCAGAAUUUAACUUACUUAAAUUUAAAAUUAAAAAGAAGAUGCAAAAAGAUCUAUUUUAGGAGUUUAAAAUGCAUCUUAAUGGAUUUAAAACUUUAAUAUUGGAUAAAUUAUGCAUAUGGAAGGUAUUAAAUACGAAGAUUUUUGUUUUUUUUUUGGAGAUAUUAUGUAUGAAAUUUCAAAAAAAAUGAUUUUAGAAAAAGUAAUUUAUUUAUCAAUUACAUAUUUUACGAUAGCAACUGAAUUAAGAUUAAUUGAAACUGAAAAAAAUAACUAAUCAGAAAAAGCAGAAAAUUAUAAUUUAUAAAAUAGCUAAAUUCUACAUUUAAAAGCUAUAUAGAUUUCUUGCUAACAUAUUACUUGUAAAAGUCCUUAUAUUAAUCAUUUAAUAAAUUCUUAUCAUAAGCAUUACAAUUAAAGCUUAGAAAUAAUAAUUUGA